CAGCCCCACACUCAUAUCAGAUUCGGCAAUUUUUACACACAUCCUAGUCAUUGCUCGCAGACGCGACGACCUUGCUGAUCACGAUCUUGGUUCGCGCGGCUUUGCUGUCGGUGUGCGGCGAACGGCCAACAUGGCACCCAACCCAGAAGCCUCGGGGUUCUCCACCCUGUCAUUCAGUAACAACACGGGUCAGGCACGAGCUGGCCAGAAAAAAGACAACAAAGGUCGGAAGUUCUUCCAACAAAUGCAACCGACCUUCUCAAUAGACGUACCGACAACGACAUAUACACAGCUUGAGUUCUUGGAUAACUUCGACCCCGCCAAAGAUACCGUGGUCCGAAAAAAAGCCCGAGAAUGGGUGAACAAGAAUCGAGAAAUAUCCAAUCUCAGUGGACAAGCAACCUCGAAGUCGAGACCUAAAAGCCGCGCCAUGAAAAGCCAAGGUGAAGAUCAGGAAAAGCAAUUGACCCAACGUAAGAGCACAACGCCCCUAGUCAAGUUCAGCCCAAAAGCGGUCAGUGCAAGUUCGGUCGACCCUUUUGGUCUCCUGCCGAACAUCGGAAGGAACUUUGAUCACAUCAUUAAGUACUUUCUUUCUGCGAGCUGUCCCGAGGAGAUUCCAUGUUCGGAUGACAAGUAUGCAGACAAGUCUAAACAUGCUCUUACGUCUUUCCAACACGAGAACACGAUAUUAGGUAGUAUGGCAAAGAGUGAGCUCACUUUCGUACUCUGGCUGUAUGCUACGGUCGUCAUCCGCGACGGAACAUUGGGCGCUCUCAACACAGAGGAGGUAUAUUGGUUCUACAACAAGUCUCUCAAGAGCAUGCAAGAGACCAUACAAAGAGAGACGGCUGAGGGGAAUUACUCUGAUCAUCUCAUCAAUGCCGUUGCGUGCAUCACGGCCGCUGCGGUAUUUGGCGGCAUGUUCACUACGUCGAUCACACAUCGCGACGCGUUGGUUCGCCUACUCACAUGUCGGGGUGAUGGUGACCUACUAGUGGGGUUGCAGUCCACGAGUCGUUUUACCCGCAAAGCUUCGCGAUGGUGCGAGAUCUUGGUUGCUGCGCAGCUUGCGGAACUCCCACAGCUUCCCUAUCAACACUCAGCUGUCUCUCCCCUUCCCGAGCAGAUUAUCGUCGCGGCGGAGGGACUUACUACCACGACUCUGCAGAAUUUGCCUUAUCUUUCAGAAGCUCUCGUCAAGAUUGUUCGCUGGUUUCAUCAAAUUGUCGUCUCUUCUUCGUCACCACCACCACCAGGUGUCAAAGUAGACGACUACGUCAUUCAGCCAAUGUAUGAUGGUGAGUACACACUUCUUGCGGUACUAGCGGCGCAAAGGAAGCCGGAGCAUGGGUUCACGGAGGCUGAAGUGCUACUCGCUGAGUCGCUCCAACUCUGGUUUUGGACUACCAUUCGAAGCCUCCCACCACAAACUAAAUUGUGCGACCGUCUCACUUCUCGCGUUAUGAAGGCACUACUUCCACUUUUGCACGACGCUUCCUCAGAACUAGCGCUCGAAGCAGAUGCAAAGACGGGCGCAUCAUCAGAUGGUCAAGAUGACCCCCCUCAAUUGAUGCCGGACAUACAAGUACGCUUCUACCGUUUCCUUCGGCAUACGCGAGAGGUCAACAAUGUUAUCACAUGGGCAUUGGCCUUUGGGACUUUGCUCACCGCGCCUCUAUUGUCGCCGGAACACUCUUGGUUCAAGGAACACUUCAGAUUGCAAAUAAGAGCCAUGGGGUUGCACAGAGAUGAGAAUCAAUGGCUUGAAUUUCUCAAGCUGUUUCCCAGCACAGACGCUUCUCCAAACCCUUGGGUAAAAUUGAGAGAUGUCUGGCGCGAUUUCGGCGCUCAACAGAUAGAUGAGCUCUUCAGCCAGUGAGUCGGGGUACUGCCCUGGAGCAUUCACAAAAUGACAUGCCGAUCCAUCCGCGGACGGACAGGAUUGGUUCAAUACAGUGGUACCGCCCAAUAGCCAUGCGACCUUGACCUCACGUUUGAAAGAGGUCAUGGUCUUCUACUUACACUCCACGACAACCACA